AUGGCCGACCUUCCCUUCCCUGGUGGAGCUUCUCGAGCUCCAACAUACGGCAUCGCCUCCGGUCCACGCCGCUCCUCCUACGCCUCCGUUGUCUCUGGCACCGCUCUAUCUCCUCCAAUCUCCAGCUCCUCCCCCUCCUUCCCACACCUCCUCACCACGAACCCGGUCUCUUCAUACCCCCCACUCUCCCAGCCUGACGCUCGUCUCCCCCGGGCUUUGUCCGGCCUGGAUGCCGCAGACAUGCACCUGAACUCCGCCUGGCGCACCUCAGGGUCCCCAGAUGCCCUGCCCGCCUACUCACGCAAGUAUACCAACCAUCUGCGCCCAGCCGAGUUCCCCCACGGCCUGGGCCUUCUCGAUACACCGGCCUUCGUUACCCCGUCCUACCUCCGCAACUCCCACUACAUCUCCCGCCUCGACGCCGCCCAUCGAGCCAAGCUCGCCGCCCAGCAGCGUGAUGCCUCUUCAUCCACAUCUGCCUCGGGUCCUGCCCUCUCUGCAUCAUCCAGCCAUGUGCAUCUCCCCCGCAUGGCCCCGUCCCAUCGCGGAAUGACAUAUGAGAUCAUCGAGAAGGAACCCUCCGCCGCAACGACGGACCAGCUUAGUCCGCUCCCCACGCAGUGGAGUUCCUCGGACAAAUAUGCCGGGUUGGAACUGUCUAAUGAGGGACUGGAUGUGCGAUAUACGGGGCCGGUGCAUAAGCAUGAUCAUGAAGCGGCGGCCUUGCGGGCGGAUCAUCCUAUGCCGCCACAGUGCGGGAUCUACUACUUUGAGAUCAAGAUCGAAUCCAAGCCGAAGGAGGGGAUGAUCGGUAUUGGAUUCUCCAGCCCCAAGGCUUCAGUCGAGCGGCUGCCUGGUUGGGAACAGGAAUCCUGGGCUUAUCACGGCGAUGAUGGAAAGUCAUUUUUUGGCGAGAGCCAGGGUCAGGGGCGGGGGUAUGGACCGACGUUUGGCGUUGGAGAUACUGUGGGCUGUGGAGUGAACUUCGCCACGGGAUCGGCGUUCUUUACUAAGAAUGGGAAUUUCUUGGGAAACGCAUUCCAUGAGUUGCGAAACGUCAAGCUUUAUCCCUCGGUUGGGAUGAAGAAGCAACCGCCCGUCCAUCUGAAAGCAAACUUUGGCCAGGAGCCGUUCAUGUUUGAUAUCGAUGGGAUGGUCAAGUCAGAGCGAGCCUUGAUACAAGCAGAGAUCAACGCAACCAGCACUGAUAACCUGCAACCCCCACUCAACGAGUCAGCACUGCUCCAAGAACUAGUAGCCCAAUUCCUGGCACAUGACGGAUACGUCGAGACGGCGAGAGCCUUUGCCGAAGAGGUAGCCACCGAGACGGUCGCACUACAAAACGGUCAACGAGAGCCUCUGAAGAAAUACGAGGUCGAAGAAGACCGCGAAGCCAUCAACCGUAACAGUAAUCCCUCCCUCCUCCCCGCCUCCUUCCAAAUCCCAUCUCUAAUCCCGUAUUCAGAAAUCCGCGCUGCAAUUCUAGACGGCGACAUCGACAAAGCCCUCAAACACACAAAAGCCUACUACGCCUCCGUCCUCGAAAACAACCCCCAAAUCCACUUCAAACUCCGCUGCCGCAAAUUCCUCGAAAUGAUGCGCCGCUCCAGUGAAUUAACACCGGGCACGUCAAACCCCAAACGCCGCCGCCCAGACUCACCCAGCACCGGCGGCAUCCCCGACGAACACGCCGUGUUCGACCAGGAAAUGGAACUAGACGACGGUGCCUGGGACGGCGGUAGCGGUAGCGAUGGCAUGGACACGGAGGAACCAGCCACAACCGUAGCGCCGUUCAACGAGGUUCUAACCGAGGCGUUGCAGUAUGGUCGACAGUUGUGCGUGGAUUAUCCCUCUGACGAGAACGGGGGCGAUAAGAAGAUGCUCGAUGCUAUAUUUUCGUUGGUGGCGUAUCCGGAUCCGCUGAAUUCGAUGUAUGGGCAUUAUCUUGAUCCCGCGGGGAGGGUUGCUGUGGCUGAGGAGUUGAAUUCGGCUAUACUAGUUUCCCUUGGGAAAUCCUCCUCUGCUGCACUGGAACGAUUAUAUCAGCAGACGGAGGCUUUGGUCAAUGAAAUCAGCGAAGACGGCGGCGCUGGGGCGUUUAUCAAUGUUCGGAAUGACGUUUUGCUUUGA